AGUGUAACUUCUCAUAGGAAAAUGGCAAGGAAGAGAAAGGUUUCUGAAGAAGUUGAAGAGAGAAAUCCAUCUGAUGAAACCAUGGCAUGGGAUGAGGUGAUAAAGGAAGCUGCUGCACUAGGAAGUGGCAGAAGAUUGAGGAAGAGAUUUGUUGGGGUGAGACAAAGGCCUUCAGGAAGAUGGGUGGCUGAAAUAAAGGAUACAAUUCAGAAGAUAAGAGUGUGGUUAGGAACCUUUGAUACAGCUGAGGAAGCUGCAAGAGCCUAUGAUGAAGCUGCAUGUCUUCUUCGAGGUGCCAACACCAGAACAAACUUCUGGCCUAAUUCUCAAUCUUCCUCAACUCCUGUUCUUCCCUCAAAGAUUACCAAUCUCCUCCUUCAAAGGCUCAAAGCAAGGAACAACACUAGAACAAAGCCUUGCACUGUUUCUUCAACCAACCAGCAACAAAACCAACAAGAAGAUGUACGUGGAACUGAGUCAACAUGUUUCACAUUGGACCAAUUCUCAGAUUUGCUUAAUGACUCUGAAGAUUACAGCACGAACAACAAUGAGUUUGGCAAUGACAGUGCACAAAUUGAUUGCAUCACAAGUAGCCUUGAAUCGUGUUUGAAUGAGAAUGAUGAUUGCAGGGAAAAGGAAAAAGAAACGGAAAUGGAAUUUGACUUCAACAGUGUGACACAGACAUCAAGUGCUGAUGUAAAUUCAGGAGAGGAAAGAGAGGAAGACAGUGAAGAAGGAAGUGAUUUGAGUGUUCAGGAUUUUCAGUUCCUGGACAAUGUUGUUCCAUCCAGUUAUCAAUAUUCAGUAUUUGAGGUCACUGAAGAGAUUGAGGAGCAGUUGGAGGCUGAGAACUGUGGUGAUGAGCCUUCAAUGUUUAGAGAUGUCAUGAAGAGAAUGAAAUAUGAGAGGAAGUUUUCAGCUUCCCUCUAUGCCUUCAAUGGAAUACCUGAAUGCUUGAAGUUGAAAGUUGAAUCAGGAAACAAAGAUAGAAGUGGGGUUUGUAUUUCUAAUGAACUAACCAACCUCAAGAUGGCUUGCAGCAAAAACAAAAUUGAGGGUAUUGAGAAGAAUGAAGAACAAAUAGAAGCAAUGGAUAGGAAAGAACCACAAAUAUCCAGUAUUGAUGAUGAACUGUUACUAUGGAAUUCACUUGAUCUUCCUGUUAUUUGUUGUGUUAACUAG